AUGGCAUCUCCUCCAAUACAACCGCAGGAUGUCGCUUCACCGACCACCGUGCCUGAUGAUGGCUCGAACAAGGGCGUAGCUGUCGAGAAAGUGGCCACUGACGAGCAUUCUGAACUCGAUCCCGUCAUCGACAAACGACUCGAUCGCAAAUUCGACUUGCAUAUCCUCCCAUUUCUAUUCGGGAUAUGGCUCUUCUCCUUCAUCGACCGCAGCAACAUAGGCAAUGCCGCCAUCGCCGGCCUCCGACGCGACCUCGAUAUCCAGACCGGCACGGGAUUCAACGUGGCGCUGCUCGUCUUCUACGCGACCUAUAUCGCCGUCGACGUUCCCAGCAACUGGAUCAUCAAGCGCGUCAAGGCCGGCAUCUAUCUGCCCGCCCUCAUCACGGCGUGGGGCGUAGUGUGCACCUGCAUGGGAUUCGUAAAGACCUUUUCGGCCCUGGUAGCGUGCCGUCUGCUGUUGGGGCUGUUCGAGGGCGGCAUCCUUGGCGGCGUCAUCAUCUACCUCGCCAUGUUUUACCGGCGGCACCAGAUGGUACUGCGUUGCGGCCUGUUCUACUCUGCUGCCCCGCUCUCCGGUGCUUUUGUCGAGGGAGCCUUGACCGUCGUGUUUGGGCUUCUCUGCUUCUUCUUUAUGCCCAACACGCCCGGAGACUCGAGCUUCUUGACCCCCGAGGAAAGAGAGCACGCCCUUCGCCGGAUGCGAGAAGAUGCCAGCGGAUCAAGUACCAUCGAUGUAGACGACGAAAGGUUCAGCUGGCAAUGGGUCAAGAUGGCGCUCUUGGCGCCGCAAACGUACCUUUUGUCACUGCUAUGGUUCUUUCUCCUGGUGCCAUUAUAUAGCUUCUCGCUCUUCCUCCCGACCAUCAUCUUCGGCAUGGGCUACACGUCGACGACGGCGCAGCUGCUCACCGCGCCUCCCAACAUGACGGGCUUCGUCUCGGUCAUUGUCUGCUCCUACCUGUCGGACCGCUUCAAGGUCCGCGGUCCCUUGAUCGCCGGCGGCACGGUGCUGGGAAUCAUCGGCUACACCAUGCUGCUGGCGUCGGAGCGGAACCCGGUCAAGUAUGCCGGCACCUUCUUCAUCGGGCUCGGCGUUUUCCAGUGCUCGGCCCUGAUGAUGGGCUGGUGCUCAAACAACCUCGCGCCGCACUACGUGAGGGCCACGGGCGUGGGCGUCAUCAUCUCGCUGGCGAACUGCUCUGCUUUCAUUGGGACGUUUAUCUAUCUUAGUGAUCAUGCUCCGCGCUAUAUUCUCGGUCACGCCAUUGCUCUCGGAGCCCUCUGCUUGACCUUUGUCCUGACAUGCGUUCUCAUGGCAUAUCUGCACUGGGAGAACGGGAAGAGGGAGCGGGGGUAUCGUGAUGAUAGAUUGCUCCAGCCAAAUGCGCACCGUCUGGGUCAUCGUCAUCCCAGAUUCAGAUAUACGCUGUAG